AUGGCUCACAGUUAUCCGCCUAUCAAGCUUCCUCAUCCUUUCCUUACGGCAUAUCGAGUGCAUACUCUCACAGAGGCAUUCCCUGCCAAGCGCGCUCUGCUUCUAGACAAUCAGCCCACCACUGGAAGAUCAUUGCCUGAGCAACUACAUCACGAAUCUCUCUCAUGGCUUGAUUUGAAGACUUCGGAAGCCGAACUUCCACCGGAUAACAAUAACACGGCAUGGGCACGAGCACGUCGAAGCCCCGAGACCGUCUUCCAAUGGACAGGAGAAAGCAAGCCUUCCCUGGGUCAAAUUUGGAAUGUGAUUCACGCUAUUUACCUGGGUUACCCGACAACCGAAUACUUCCGAGUGUCACUUGUUGGUUCAGGGAAGGAGACUAUUCGACGUGAGCUGCUCACAACUGGCCUAGCGAUUGAGCAUCCUAAGCAAUGGGGCUCCAAGCAAAAGUCUGAGGAAGAGAAUGAGCUCCUUGUUCUACGUAGCUCAUUUUGGCAAGGCGCCGCCUCACCAACCGGCCCUCGUCCGAUUUGGGUAGUCGGCGACGGGACAGAUGGACCAUCAGAAUCCCUAUCGCGUUACCCGGUUUGGCCAGAAAACUUUCAAAUUACCAACAAGUUCCCUGAGGAGCCUGUAUAUACUCGUCAUCCAAUUCGUCGACCCAAGCCACACCCAGGCUCAAUUGCUUACAGCAGGUAUAUUCCCGAGAUCGACGAGCACUUUUCGCUCGAGGUGGUGAACUGGGAGGAUGCAGAGCACUUGAAGCUCUUCAAUAAAUGGCAGAAUGAUCCACGUGUUGCGAAGGGGUGGAAUGAGACUGGUACUUUGGAUCAGCACCGUGAAUACCUGCGAAAGUUGCACUUCGACCCCCAUGUCUUAUGCCUGUUCGGCCGAUUUAAUGAGACCCGUUUUUCAUACUACGAGUUGUACUGGGCUAAGGAGGAUCAUUACGGUGCUCACUACAAUGCCGGAGACUAUGACCGUGGCCGACAUUCCCUAGUUGGAGAUUCGUCGUUCCGUGGUGCUCGGCGGGUAAAUGCUUGGUAUUCAAGCUGCAUUCAUUACUGCUUCUUAGACGAGCCACGCACUGCAAAUGUUGUGGGCGAGCCCAAAGCUACGGGCGAGAUUAUCUUAUCUUAUGAGAAUUCUCAGGGUCUUACCAUUGGCAAGUAUGUUGACUUGGGCCACAAAAGAUCAGUGCACUCGAUCUGUAGUCGAGAGAAGUGGUUCCAGUUGUGUCCGGUUUUCUGGGAUGGACGAGAUCGGCCCUUGGAGUCGGCUGAUCGUGCGGCCUGGAACGCGAAGCUGUAA